UCUUUUUGCGCCGUCUGGUGGACAGCUGUGCGUACUGGUGGUGCGCGUUUGGAAAAGUGUAGACGCACCGCAAUCACUGUGUGAUUGAUUCCUGCGCGAAAUAUCGCCAAUCCGUGUUGCCUGUCGAGUACUUUGUGCAUCUUCUCUCGUGUUUUUCGUCGACUUGUAUUUUUCGUGCUUGUUGUGGCGCGCUGUCUGCUGUGCGCAGCGCACGGACGAACUGUAGCACCUCCUCCAGCGACGCUCUUCUGCUGCCGACUCUCGAUCAGCAUGGCACAGUUUUCAGACUUUGUGAGUUGAUCGCACCUUCCUGCUCAGGAUACUACAUUGAGAUGUCUUCUUGAUUCUACAAAGACUUUGUUGAGAAGUUCUGUCCUGACGACUUAUAAUGGCUUCUAAUAUCAUUGUGGAGCAACAGUUUUCACACAAAUUCACAGUGACGGUAGUUCAAGCUGAGCGUGUCACCAAGGGAGCGCUGGGUGACCUGUUGGACACCCCAGAUCCAUAUGUGGAGCUCUUCAUUCCCACGGCCCCAGAGAGCAGGAAGAAGACCCGACACAUCGACAACGACAUCAACCCAAAAUGGAACGAGACCUUUCACUUCAUCUUAGACCCAAACCAGCAGAACGUCCUGAAGAUAACAUUAAUGGACGCCAAUUAUGUGAUGGAUGAGACUCUUGGGACGGCUUCCUUUGAAAUCUCCAAACUCAGUGUGGGCCAGAAAAAGAUGGAGGCUUUCCGCAUCGGCAAAGCAACCAAAGUGUAUUUAGAGAUGUCCCUGGAGAUCUGUACUAAACUGGACCUGCGGUUCAGCCUGGCCCUGUGUGACAAAGAGAAGCAGUUCAGACACGAUCGCAGAGAACGAGUGAUGCUGGCCAUCAAGAAGCUGUUACACAUGGAAAAGCCUCGCUUCCUCCCCAGCUCACCAGAAGAGGUGGGAAAACUCAAACCUGUAUUUUUUUUUCUUCCAUUCAUUCAUUUCGACAAGAAUCACUUUUUUCUCCAUCAAUUUCAAUUUUUUUUCUAUUUAUAUCACGCCAAUUCGCAACAACGUCGCCUCAAGGCGUCUCGCACAAAAGAGUUUAAAGACAAUGUAAAAUAAAAUUAAAACAUCAAAAGCACAAUUAAAAGUAAAAAAAAAAAAAAAAAAAAAAAAAAAAAAAAA